UUCUUAGCAAAUUUCAAAAUGGUACCACCAAAUUUAAUAGCAGCACUCUAACAAAUCCUUUCAACUGCUACCACCAAAGCUGGCAAAUCUUCAAGGUUAAUCAACUUAUUCAACGAACUUCACAUUUUCUCUUCUUUGGAUGCUCGACCUGCUCGUCUUCUUCACAGCUAAUCUUCCUUGCAGUCACAUUUUUUCGGGGCAAAAUUGGGAAUUUGAUCUGAUCUUACAAUAAGUUCCGGGACUUGUCUGGAACCAUACCCUAGUUAUCGAGUUUUGAAAUGGCUUCUCCGAUGUCGUUAAGAAGCUAUAAGAGUAUGGGACCAGAAGGUCAAGCUCAGACUGCACAGAGUUCGGGAGGGUCUACGAAAGGUUUGAAUAUACAAUAUGUUGUACAACUCACUGAGGUCGGGGAAGGUCUCAAGGCAAAAAUGUAUAGACUCAAUCAAGUUUUAGAUCAUCCGGAUCCUGUCAAUCAUUUGUUCUCCGAGUCUUUUUGGAAAGCUAGUGUGAUUCCUAAUUUUCCAAAGAUAUGUACAUUGGUCGCAAGGAAGUUCCCGGAGCAUACCAGCAGAUUACAACUUGAGCGUGUUGACAAAGUUGCUUUUGAUUCUUUAACAGAUGGUGCAGAGGUUUAUCUCCAGAAUUUGGAGCCGUGGGUUCAGUUGCUUCUUGAUUUGAUGGCAUUUCGAGAACAAGCAUUACGCCUAUUAUUGGAUUUAAGCAGCACAGUGAUUACCCUAUUGCCUCAUCAGAACUCAUUUAUACUGCACGCUUUCAUGGAUCUAUUUUGUUCAUUUGUUCGUGUGAAUCUAUUUUCUGAGAAGAUACCUGGGAAAAUGAUGCUGCAGAUGUACAACCUUUUACAUGGAAUUUUGAGGAAUGACCGUGAUUGUGAUUUUUACCACAGGCUGGUUCAGUUCAUAGACUCGUAUGAUCCACCAGUCAAGGGGCUUCAGGAGGACUUAAAUUUUGUCAGUCCACGAAUUGGAGAGGUUUUAGAGGCUGUUGGACCUGUUAUAUUUCUAUCAUCAGAUACCCGGAAGCUUAGAAAUGAGGGCUUUUUGAGUCCUUUCCAUCCUCGAUAUCCAGACAUACUUACAAAUUCUGCUCAUCCCAUGAGAGCUCAAGAUCUAGCAAAUGUUACUUCCUACAGGGAAUGGGUGCUUCUUGGAUAUCUUGUUUGUCCCGAUGAACUUCUGCGUGUAACCAGCAUUGACAUUGCUUUGGUAGUAUUGAAGGAAAACUUGGUUCUAACGUUGUUCAGAGAUGAGCAUAUACUGUUGCACGAGGAUUAUCAGCGAUAUGUCUUGCCACGCAUAUUGGAGUCAAAGAAGAUUGCAAAGGCUGGCCGUACAAAGCAGAAAGAAGCGGACCUCGAAUAUAGUGUGGCAAAACAGGUUGAAAAGAUGAUAAGUGAAGUGCAUGAACAAGCAUUGUUAUGUUGUGAUGCUAUACACCAUGAAAGGAGAAUACUACUAAAGCAAGAAAUUGGAAGAAUGGUGCUCUUUUUUACUGACCAGCCUAGUUUACUGGCUCCCAAUAUUCAGAUGGUAUUUUCAGCAUUGGCGUUAGCUCAAUCCGAGGUGAUAUGGUACUUUCAGCAUGUAGGAAUUAUGUCAUCAAAGUCUAGAGCUACUACUCAUACACUACCCGUGGAAAUAGACCCAAGUGAUCCAACUAUUGGAUUCUUAUUGGAUGGGAUGGACCGUCUUUGCUGCCUAGUGCGAAAGUACAUUGCAGCUGUCAGAUGUUAUUCACUAUCCUAUCUGUCAUCCUGUGCCGGUAGAAUUCGAUUUUUGCUGGGAACUCCAGGAAUGGUGGCACUUGAUCUUGAUGCAAAUUUAAAAGGACUUCUUCAGAAGAUUCUUCAGCACCUGGAGAAGAUUCCAAAACCACAGGGUGAAGAUAUCUCUGCUAUCACUUGUGACCUAUCUGAUUUUCGUAAAGAUUGGUUGUCAGUAUUGAUGAUUGUCACUUCCUCUCGGUCAUCCAUUAAUAUUAGACAUCUGGAAAAAGCUACUGUUUCCACUGGCAAGGAAGGCUUACUAGCAGAAGGGAAUGCUGCAUAUAACUGGUCCAGAUGUAUUGAUGAACUUGAAUUACAGCUUGCAAAGCAUGGAAGCCUCAAGAAACUGUAUUUUUAUCAUCAACAUCUCACAUCGGUUUUCAGGAACACCAUGUUUGGUCCUGAAGGACGUCCUCAACACUGUUGUGCGUGGUUAGGUGUUGCAAGCAGUUUCCCAGAGUGUGCUUCUCACAUUGUUCCUGAGGAGGUUACUAAAGUUGGACGGGAUGCAGUUCUUUAUGUUGAGUCUCUGAUUGAGUCUAUCAUGGGUGGACUGGAAGGUUUAAUCAAUAUUCUUGAUUCUGAAGGAGGAUUUGGUUCUCUAGAGAUGCAGCUGCUUCCAGAGCAAGCAGCGGUCUUCCUGAAUUCUGCCUCAAGGCAUUCUAAUCCAGGAACCAAAUCCCCUAGAGGAUUACCUGGAAUGCCGGGCCAGGAGAGUUAUCCUGAAAAUAAUAACUCUAUUAAAAUGUUAGAAGCUGCCAUGCAGAGGUUGACAAAUCUCUGCUCUGUUCUAAAUGAUAUGGAGCCCAUUUGUGUAUUGAACCAUGUAUUUGUUUUGAGAGAGUACAUGAGAGAAUGCAUCCUUGGGAACUUUAGAAGAAGACUGCUUUCUGUGCUUAAGACGGAUAAUGACCUUCAGCGACCUUCUGUCCUGGAAUCUCUAGUUCGCAGACAGAUGAGUAUUAUCCAUCUUGCAGAGCAGCACGUCAGCAUGGAUCUGACUCAUGGUAUCCGAGAAGUUUUACUGGUAGAAGCCUUCACUGGGCCAGUAUCUUCCCUUCAUUUGUUUGACAAACCCAUUAAUCAACAUACAGGGUUAGCCAUUGAAACCAUCUGCAACUGGUAUGUUGAAAACAUUGUCAAAGAUGUAUCAGGGGCUGGCGUCCUAUUCGUGCCUUCCCACAAAUGUUUUAGAAGCACAAGACCCAUAGGUGGAUACUUUGCUGAAUCUGUAAGUGACACUAAGGAACUGCAAGCUUUCGUUCGCCUAUUUGGUGGUUAUGGGGUCGACAGGUUGAAGCGAAUGAUGAAAGAGCACACUGCUGCCCUUCUAAAUUGCAUUGGCACUUCAUUACGGUCAAAUCGUGAUAUUUUGGAGGCUAUCGCAGGAAGCUUACACGCUGGUGAUCGCAUAGAAAGUGAUGCUAACACAAAGCAGAUUGUAGACUUGGACACAGUGGUUGAAUUUUGUAUUCAAGCAGGACAAGCCCUGGCCUUUGAUCAGCUUAUUUCAGAAGCUGCUGGUGAUGUGCUCAAGGAAGAUGCACCUUUGAUAUAUUCUUUACUGGAAGGAGUCAUGCCACAUUUGCCUAAGGAAGUUCCAGAAAAGAAGGAUAUCAGGAGGACGAAAGAGGUGGUAAAUAGUAUAGGCGUCAUGAAUGAUCAUGAUACAGAAUUUGUCAGAUCAAUAAUGGAAGACGUGGGAGUCGGAAAUGACAAUUCAUGGAACUUGUUGCCAUAUUUAUUUUCCGCUUUCAUGUCAUCAAAUGUAUGGAGUACAACAACUUUCAAUGUUGAUACAGGUGGUUUCAAUAAUAACAUCAAUUGCUUGGCAAGAUGCAUAAACGCAGUGAUUGCUGGAAACGAGUAUGUCAGAAUGGAGAAGGAAAAUCAGCUGGCAAAUGGUCAUGUUGAUGAGAAUCUGCAAAAUCAAAUGCAGAGCUCAUUAACAGCUGAAGCAAGUGCCAAGUCUACUUUACUUCUUUUUGUAAAAAUGUCUACUGGGAUCAUCCUGGACUGCUGGCAUGAAGCUAACAGAUCUGAUCUAGCGCCCAAACUUGUAUUUGUAGAUCAGCUGUGUGAAAUAUCUCCUCAUCUCCCAAGAAGCUCACUGGAAGGCUGUAUCCCAUAUUCCAUAAUUCGAUCAUUAUAUAAUCAAUACUACGGGAAUUCUUCUUCGUUGCCAUUGACUUUACGAAGUCAAUCAUCACCUCGCAGCUCACCCGGAGUUUCACUCAUGAAUAAUUCUCCUGCAUUCCGACACCACCACAGAAAUGAUUCAACUCAGCCGUACUCUGAUCAAUUAGGUUAUUUCAAACAAUCUUCAAGCCAAUUUUAUGAUGCUGAUAGUGGAAGUACCCAAAGCAAUGAUCGGAGAAACCGUAGAGGUUCUGGGCCUUUAGAUUACAGUUCUAAUCGUAAGGUGAAGCUCAAUGAAGGAUCAAAUUCAGGAAGCACAGGGCCUAGUCCUCUUCCCAGGUUUGCUGUGUCAAGGUCUGGUCCACUAUCUUACAAGUAGGAACGUAACUGGUCUAAUGAUGAAUUCGAGAUGUAUGAUCAAAUUGAAAGUAUCAAUGUCAUACAAUGUGUAUUAGAUUGCUAUAUAUCAGUGAUUAGUGAACUACAAAUUUACGUUGUGUAUUAGAUUGCUAACACAAAAUAGACCUCCUAAGGCAGAGACCAAGGUCGACACAAUUGUAAUUUCUGUACUAAUGAGCAUGAUAAUUAAUUCA